AUGGUUGGCCGGCAUCGCCUUGAGAAGUGGAAGAACAUCUUCAGGGGAAGAAAAUCGGAAGAUGAGCCAAGUACGGUUACAUUACCAGUCCGCAAUCCGACCCCGCCCUCGAUUUCCAAGCCAAUUACAGAUCCAGAACAACCUCCUGUCGACGAGCAGCCACAGCAUAAGGCAGAACGGAAUGAGCUGCAAGAGAAACUAUGGAAUGAGGCUUACGAUACCCUCCACAAAGGUGGAAAUAAGUAUAUCGUCGAAUAUGAAGAGAUUCUUUUGACUGAGCUUAAGAAUGACAACCCUGAUAUAGCCUCACUGGGAACUUCCUAUGAAGAGCGGUGGCGCAACAUGCAACGACUCGUUGAACUUGGUUUGAAGAAGACUGAAACAGAAGCCAAGAUCUACGGGAAGGUGAACGAUGGACUGCAGCUCUUUGACACGGUGAGAUCACUCGUCACACCAGCCGUGUCAGCCGUCCCGCAAGCUGCCAUUCCCUGGGUUGGGGUUUGCUUCAUCCUUGAAGUCUUUUCCAACCCCGCCAAACAGCCAGGCGUCCAUCGCGCAGGACUUCAGCACGUUCUGUCUCGUGUCAACUGGUACUGGAACCUAACAGAGCUUCUCCUCCAAGACAAUUUGAAAGCGAAAGAAGACAUCAGGAUAACCGCAUUGUCCAACCUGCGACAGGACCUCAGGUCAUAUGUGCUAGAUCUGUAUCAAAAGUUUCUCUCUUACCUCAUAGAGAGUAUCUGUUACUUUCACAAGAAUCGCGCCACUGCUUUCCUCAAGAGUGUAGUUUACAUAGACUAUUGGGGGGGCAAGCUCACGGACAUCGAGGCCUCAGAGGCAGAAUUCGAAAGAAUGUCUCAGAAGUACAAUACGACAGAAUCACGCGAAAGACUCGGGACUCUAGUCAUUGGUGUCAAGAACAUCGAGAAGGCUAUUGAUCGCCAGACUCAGCAGCUACAAAAGCUUAACGAGGACGAGAGCGACAAGAUCUGCUUCCAGGAUCUUUAUACAACCAAUCCAUUCAUGGACAAAACGCAGAUCGAAUAUGACAAGGGUACACCUUUGCCCCAUUGUUAUUCGUGGAUUUUUCUCACUGAGGGUUUCCAGAACUGGCAACAAGACCCUGAUCAAAGACUGCUUUGGAUCAAAGGUGACCCUGGGAAAGGCAAGACAAUGCUCCUCUGUGGCAUCAUUGAUCGCCUUGAUGAGAUGACGCCGAACCUUAUCUCGUGUUUCUUCUGCCAAGCCACUGAGAAUUAUCAGAAUGAUGCAACAGCAGUUCUUCGCGGCCUGAUCUGGAGCCUUGCCUGUCAACACCCUGAUCUUAUCACCCAUGUGCGCACUCAAUUUGACAACUCAGGUCGAAAAGCGUUCGAUGGACCAAACAAAUGGGAGGUUCUGUCUGGCAUCUUGAAGAAAAUGGUGUCAGACAGAGACAAUCACGUCCCAGAAGGCACCACCAUUGUGAUUGAUGCCCUUGACGAGUGCAUCAAAGACAACGACAAGCUUCUUGAUCUUAUCGUGGAUAUCUGCGCCGAUAAGGACUCUCGAAUAAAGUGGAUUGUUUCGAGUCGCAAUUGGGUAGAAAUCGAAGACACCAUCAUGGACGAAUCGAUUAGCCCCCGACGGCUUAUUCUAUCUCUGGAAGAUAAUGAAGAAGUUGAGCAGUCGAUCAAAAAGGCUGUUGAUGCAUUUAUCAAGCACAAGGUUGAAGAGCUAAAAAAGAAAAAGAAGCAUGCGGAGAUCCCGCCUGAGGUUAACGAGAUCUUCACUGAAAAGACGGGCAACACCUUUCUCUGGGUGGCUUUGGCUUGCAAGAGAUUGGAGAGCAAGGAUGUCGAGCCAUGGCAGAUUCUCGAUAUACUCAAGGGAUUGCCAUCUGGCUUAAAGGACCUUUACAGGCGCAUGAUACAAGAGGUUAUGAAUUCCAGUCAUGCUUCACAGUGCAGGGAUAUUUUAGCAGCUGCUACCCUGGCGCAUCGCCCGAUGUCAUUGGCAGAGCUGUCAUCCAGUUCUAAGUCACUCUCUCAGCAUUCGAAUAGACUUGACGCUCUUAAAAGGCAGGUCUUGCGUUGCAAAGGUUUCCUAGUUGUCUCAGAUGACGUAGUGUCGUUUGUACAUCAAUCCGCCAAGGACUUUCUGUUGGAAGACCAGCUUGCGAAGGAGUUUGUCUGGGAAGCGGAGAGCGAGGAUCAACUAUCGAAGAGUAUUCUUCACAAUCACCAUAAUAUUCUACUUACAAUGUUGGAAACGAUGAAGAAGACGCUCAAAUACGAUAUAUACGAUCUUAAGAAACCGAGUGCAGAAGUACCGAUUCCUGACGAAGAGGAUGCCUUCGACCCCUUGGACCCGGUGGAGUAUGCAUGUUGCUAUUGGGCCGACCACAUUUUGACAUUCGACGACGAAAGUGCAGCCGCUACUCUUGACUUCCUAAAGGCGUCGCUUCUCUACUGGCUAGAAGCUUGCUCACUGGUCGGAGAGGUGGUUACUACAGUACUGGCGAUUCAAAAGCUGCAGAAGCUACUUAUUGGUACAGAAUACCACGAAUUGGUCAGUGUCUUGCAAGACGCUAAUCGGUUUGUCCUAAGUUUCAAGACUGCAAUCGAAUUGUUUCCUUUGCAAAUUUACACGUCCGGACUUCUCUUCAGUCCUAAGAGUUCUAUCGCCCGGCAAGCCUUCCAACAACAUACCUUUGAAACAUCGUGGCUCGACCUACCUGUUCCGGAAGACUGGGAUGCUUGUGUCCAGACUCUUGAAGGCCAUACAUCCACAGUAUUGAACCUCGCCUUCUCUGGUAACGGCCAAUGGCUCGCAUCUGCAUCUGAAGACUCUACACUCCGAAUCUGGGACGUAGCAACGGGCGUUUGCUUACAGACUAUGGAGUAUCCGUAUGAAGACGUACAGGCAGCUGCAUUUUCCCCGGAUAGCACUUGCCUUGCGUUGUCUACAGGCCAUGAAAUUCAUUUUUGUGAUACCAAGUCAAAUGAAUUCAGCACAGUUCGCACAGUUUCAGUCUUAGGAACUCCUACUAUUGGUCUUCUUUUCUCACCGGAUGGCAACUGGCUCGCCUGUUGGUCUACAAGGGGGAAGGUUCGGAUUCUUGACGCGAAAACGGGUGAUUGCAUUUAUGAUUUCACACUCGAGCAAGGACGUGCACCUCCGAUCAAACAGCAGAAUCGAUUUUCAUUUUCAUCCAACAGCCAACGUAUAUUGGUUGGGUCAGGAAAGGUUGCAAUCCGCGAUAUAGUCAAGGGGUCAUGGAUCACCGAAGAUCAAAUUUCGCCUGGUCGUCUUUUGACGUCUGCUUUUUCCUCAGAUGGGACAUGGGUGGGACACGCCUAUGGCGAACAUGGGCAUUCUAUUUGGAGGAUUUCCGACAGCGGCGUUGAGCUCAAGUUCGAAAUUCUCCGAGAAGACGGGCUCGGAUUGCCGGCCUUGGGUCAAUAUGUUAUACCUUUGCCCUCGUGGAACAGGCCGUCGGCCUUUUCAGGCGACGGCAAGCAGGUUGCAACAUGCACUCAAUAUCCCUACAGGAUCGCCAUAAUUGAGGCUUCAACUGGAGACACGUCAUUUGCAGACGCUCGAGACUCAGCAGAUGCUGCACUUGGCCUUCCCAAAGCAAUGGCCUGGUCAAAUGACAGUCAAUGGCUCGCUGUUGGGGGAGUUGAAGGAAAUGGUGAAAUCACUAUCUGGGAUUCAAAGGCAAUCAAAAAUGGCAGCAAAGAGAAUCAAAUUAGGAAACGUAUACGUACAAUGGCGCUGUCAACAGAUGGUCAGAGGUUUGCCACGGGUUCUGAAGACGGCGUUGUCGAGAUCCAAGAUAUGGCGCGUCCAGGCAACAACGUGCUUACACUCAAGGGCCACGAUUCUAUUAUACACGGGAUAGUGUUUUCCCCAUCUGGAGACAUGCUCGCAACUCAGUGCUCGUACCAUGUCAAGAUAUGGAACAUCAAAGUGGCUGGUGAAUGUGUACACACAUUUAAGGUUGGCCCGAUCGACAUUCAAAUGAUUUCAGUAUCUUUUUGGCCAAUGGCAUUCUCGGCAGACGACUACCAAUUCGCAUUUACCAAGGGAGAAGAGAUCGUUGAACUUCAUGACCUCACAAAUCAGAGCAUGUCUGAACUCCAGAUGGAAAAUGUAUCCUGUCUAGUGUUUUCGCCUGACGGCUUGUCACUAGCAGCUGGAGAUCAAGUCGGGAAGAUCAGAAUCUGUGACUUACAAACCAAGGAUAUCCAGGAACACAAAUCCGGAUCUCACCAAUCUUCACACGCCAUUGCCUAUUCAUCUAAUGGUAAACUACUUGCAUACGCCACCACGACAGGAGAGAUUUACGUAUGGGAAAUGCCAGCAGCAAAGGGUAUUUUCAAACUGCAGACUGGGUUGCAGAUUGCACAAUUAUUGUUCAGCCCUGAUGGUAGAUCGCUUAUGACUGAACGAGGUCGUUUGACACCCGAAAGCUGGCCAUCCAGCACUGGUGUCCAAGAUGCUGAGACCGAGACUAAUGAACUAGCGGUAGUGCCGUUUGCUGCCCAAGGCUACGGAGUUGGGUUUGAUGGAGCUUGGCUGACAAAGGAUGGUGAGAGAUUGGUUUGGUUGCCACCUCAUUAUAGGUCGAGCUCUGACUUCCAGAAACAUGUACUUGUCUCUGAUUCAGCUGUUGCAAUUCGCAGCAGCUCUGAUCAGCUAUUAAUGUUUGGCUUUGAGAAUGGAUGGAAUUAG